CUGUUCUUUGCCUUGCACUCCGCCAAGUGCUGAAAUUGAAAAAUGCGGAUUCAAGCCUUUUUCUUAGCUUGGCUACGUUUCUUCGAAAUUGAUCCAUUUAAUCCUUUCAGCUCCGAAUAAGUUUCUCGGGAUAAAAUAAGAUGCUAAAAUAGAUAUUUUAUAUAUAUUUUAUAAUAUAUAUAUUAUAACCCCUUUGGUCAGUCGGUCGGGACUCGUUUGGAGAUUUGACCUGUUGUUUGGGACUCGCUUGGAGAUUAACGUCGCCAUUUAUCAUCAGGCUGUGUUUGCAGAGACGAGCAUUUCGGCUUCUGAAUAUUGCCACCCUUUUCUGUCUCUUGUUCAGACGUUCAGGGCCCUCUGGUGUUGGUCAUUCCGUGCUAGCUGUCUGUAGUAUGGAAGGAGGACCCUUCCCCAGUGAGUCCUGGCUUUUAAAUUGCUAGAUUAUGCUAGUUCUCUAAAGAGAGAGCCCAAUUAUUUAUGUUUGUGCAGCAGGAAACAGUUGACUUUUAUGUCACCUUAAAGGCCAGCACCGUUAUCCUAAAAUAAUUCCAUUGAAUGCAAUUCAUUUGGUGGAGUGGACUUGUCAAAAGAGGAUUAGUACUCUUAUAAAAUGAACAAAGGUGAAUUAAUAGUUUAUAAAGGGGAAAAGUUGCUGAGAUACAGCUGAAUCUUUUCCCAUUGCUCCUCCCUUAUAAUGGCUUUAAUAGGCUGGAAGCUUUGGUUUAAAGUGUAUGAAAAGCUGUAGCAACAUAAAAGGAAUCUUAAAAUUUAGAGACAUGACCUUUCAGCAUUGAUUCUGCAGUAUUUGAGCAGAGUAAAAUUCACCUUUUGAGUCCAGCUGGGAAACUGGGAAGCCCCAUUGAAGAUUACUGCCAAAUAAGAUGGUUGUUCAGCCUGCGGUUUGCCAGUUUUAUAGCAGGCCCGAUCAAUAUGGUAGUGAUGAUUUAAAUUCAGUUACUUGACCAAGCUCAUUAGAUUUAUUAUUCUCGCACAAAAGCGCUGGGCUGUUUAGCUGAAAAAGUGAUAAAUUAUAAUGCCUUAAAUCUCUGGACUGUUGGUUCAGUCUUUGUCCUUGUUAGUAAUGCCUUAAUAACCAAUUGUGAGUGACACUAAUGGCUGCUCCUCUGUUCCAGAUUGAGGCAUCUUGGCCUCAAAUUCUUUACUGCUCUAUUUUUUCUGUUGAAUAAGUAAGGGAAAGCCAAAACAGACAUGUUGACUACAGGGAAGAAAAAUUGGUGCUUUAUCUGAUUAUACCAACUGAAAUUUCGAACAGUGGCAAACUGGAGGCUCCAAUACUUCCUCAUCGAGCAACAGAGGUUACAUGUGCUAUGUCUUUAAAAUAUGUAUCGGAUUAUACUGUAAUCAAAAAUAAGAAAUCCACACACUUGCAAACUGGCUCCUGUCUAGAAGUGAAAUGUGGUUAUAUUGCCACUUCCCCAAGCCAGCAAGAUAAACUCUAUAAACUGGACUCAUUUAAAGGCAUGUGGGCUACCAAGAGGAUAUAUAGAUCCCUAAGACAGAGGCUGCAAUUGAAGCAAGAUGGACUGCACAAUUCUCUAUGUAGACCCAAAAGUUUUGACAAAUCUGAUCAGUGUUAUGUUUUACAAGCUUUUCAUCUUUUACCCACAUACAGUGCAUCCUCUCAUAAUACAUGGUUCAUAACGGAUAUGAAAAAUAAUCUCAAUGUAACAGAAGGAAAUAAAGUAAAUAAGAACUCAUCCAAGUCACUAGAUGGUGGAAGACAUCUUGAGAUGGAAGCAAAGAUGAAACAUCUCAACUUAUCCUUUGCAGCCUCUGGCUUUCUGGGGAUCUACCACUUGGGGGCAGCAUCUGCUUUUUGCAGACAUGGUAAGAAGUUAUUGAAGGUUGUGAAGGCCUUUGCAGGAGCAUCUUCAGGAGCUUUGACUGCCACUGUUCUUUUAACAGUGCCAGAAAGUAUUGAGAAAUGUACAAAUAUAACCUACCAACUUGCUGAAGAUACUAGAAGACUCUAUUUUGGAGCGCUAACACCUGGUUAUGAUCUCAUGACAAAACUUAGGGGCUACAUUGAUUCAAUCCUCCCCCCUAAUGCCCACGAGAUAGCAGAAAAUCGCCUCUUUAUAUCAGUCACUAGUACUAAGAAUGGAAAAAAUUAUUUGCUUUCACAUUUUGCCUCCAGGGAAGAUCUUGUUAAGGCUUUGUUAGCCAGCAGUUUUAUUCCUCUUUAUGCAGGAAUAAAUGCAGUGGAUUAUAAAGGACAGAAAUGGAUCGAUGGUGGCUUAACCAAUGGCCUCCCUAUCUUGCCAAAAGGCCGAACUGUGACUGUUUCUCCUUUUUGUGGCCGGCUAGAUAUUUGCCCAGAAAACAAAGGACUAGUGGAUAUUUAUGCUAAAGUUGCAAAGCAAGACAUCAUGUUAUCCAUUGGCAACUUUAUAAGACUUCAUCAAGCUCUAUUUCCACCAAGCCAGGAGAAAAUGGAAUUGCUAUAUCAAGAUGGAUAUGAUGAUACCAUUCAGUUUUUAUUGAAGGAAAAUUGGUUUGAGUAGAUUAUGUAUGAUGAAAAUAAAUAAAAAAUUGAUGGCUUGUCAACGCAAAUCUUUGAACAUGCCAUACAGAACCCAAAGGGCUGAUGUCACCAUUUAUGUUUAUCUUAAAAAAAUGACACUGGGAUUUCAUCUGUUGAUGCCAGACAAGUGUUUUAUAUGCUAUUGUGCUGGCCUGAAUUUGUAGAGGGUUUCAAAUGCAGUGGAGUUGUAUUUGGUAUAGAAGAUAAGCUGCUUCUUAGAAAACAUGAAGAGAAAUCAAAACUUCCAUUGCUUUACUUUCUUUUUUUCAUUUUUCAUGCAGAUGUGAAAAUGCUAAAAAUAUGAAUUUUUGACUCAUUAAAUUUAUUCAUAUAAAGUCAUAAAUAUGUGCAGUUUGCAGAAAAUUGAAUACUUGUGUUAUUUCAUAAAAAUAUUAAUGUGUUCAUUAAUUAGUUUACUCAUUUUGUUUUUUUUAAUCCAGUGAAUUCUCAAGCAUGAAGUAAUUACAAUGAAGCCAUGGGAAACAAAACAACUUAACAACUCAUUUAUCUACAGAUGUAUUUUACCAUUAGUAGGCUUAGAUUUUCAGAUAGCCUACGUAUAUUUUAAAAUGUUGACUUUCAGUGGGUUUAUUUAUCCUUUGUCAUAUAAAAUUCAUUGUAGAAAGAAAAGAAAAAUGUCAAUUAAACAUACUGCAUUUUUGUUUAUGCCAUAGUCACCUAGAAAAUAGAUGAGAGCAAUUGUUAAAUAUGAAUAAAGCAAGUUACAUCAUAUAGUUCUAUUUAAAACAGUCUCAAAGGAAGUAAUUUGCUGAUUUAAUGAACAUUGCCCAAAUUGCAUUUUCACCUAAAAUGCUUUCUAUGCCGUUGGAAUCCAUUGGGUAUGAUUUUCUAGUGGCAGAUCUCCUGUUAGCAUAAUCUAAAAAUAGUAUUGAUUCUACUUAUAGUAAAUAUUGCAGUAUCAAUUUUAAAUUAACUGUUUGAAUAAAUUCUUAUUGCAAAAA